AAUCCUAUAAUCCCGAAUCAGAUUAUAGGAUCGGGAUUUCUCAACCCCCUUCAGGCGAGACCCCUCUUGCACCCGGUUGGGCCUUCGGUGUGCAAUUGCCUGAAAGGGGUUUUUAAACGGGCGGUGGUGCCUUGUUUUCAAAUGUAUUUUUAAAUAUUGGUUGUAUUCAGCAUUUUACUAUCAUAUCCAUUUAAUUCUUCUCAAAUAUUUGUGUGAAAUUGUCGGAGGGCAUCUGUGGAUCAGAGGCGUUCUGACUUUUGUUAGAGGCAAAAACGUUGGCACUGAGGCGGCCCUACUUUGGGCACCUCCUGAGAAGGCAGGAAGAGACCCUCUUGCUAGGAAAAGUGGAAGGCAGCGGGAAAAGAGGAAGACCCAAUAACACGAGAUGGACUGACUCACUCAAGGAAGCCAUAGGCAAGAGGGUUUAUUGAGGCCAGGACACUUUGGAGAUUGCUUGUUCAUAAUGGUCAGCCUAGAGUGGAAGCAACUUGGUGAUUUUUCUUUGAAUAGGUUAAAUAUUUUCAGCCCGUGGCUAAGUGAAUCAGCAGAUACCGAUGCCGCGGAUACGGGGGUCCUACUAUACCACGUGAUAAAUGUUUUGUUUUAAAUCAGAAGGGCAGAGUUGUUGACCGUUUUGCUUCCCCUUUCCUUCCAGACCAGGAUGAGCGUGCUCUGACAUGGCUUCAGAGUGCAAGAUUCAGACGUUGCAAGUGGUAGACACCGAAUACACGGCGGACGCGACGGAGUGGUGCCCCGUGGAAGGCUGGCACGGCAUCCUGGCAUGCGGCACCUACCAGCUGAAGAAACCGGACACUAAGCCUGGCGAAAAUCCGGAGGAAAACAACGAGCCUCAUGUCCGUCUGGGUCGCCUCUACGUGUAUUCCUUUGAGGAACAAGCUUUCGCGCCGCUGACUGAGCUGCAGAGGCUGGAAAUGGCGGCUGUGCUGGACGUUAAAUGGUGCCGCGUUCCCAUCGCUGGCCGGCCUGUUCUGGGCCUUGCGAAUGCCAAGGGAAACGUGGACUUCUUCCAUCUGAUAGGAAACGAGCAGAAGAGCUGCAGGCUGGAGGCGCUGAGCACCGUCGAACUGGGAGGGGAAUGCCUCGCUUUGUCCCUGGACUGGUCCGCCGGACGAGCGCAGUGCAGGGCUGGCCCUCUGAAGCUGAUCUCCAGCGAUUCCAAAGGGAGGCUGAGCCUGCUGACCUUCGACGCGUCGUCCCCUUCCGUACGCAUCUCGGAGCAGUGGAAGGCGCACGACGCUGAAGCCUGGAUCGCGGCCUUCGACUACUGGAACACGUGUGUUGUGUAUUCAGGUGGCGAUGACAGCCGACUUCGAGGAUGGGACACCCGGAGCCACCCAGGACGCCCCACCUUCAGCAGCGAGAGGCAUUCCAUGGGCGUCUGCAGUAUCCAGAGCCAUCCUCUGCGGGAGAAUCUCCUGGCCACAGGAAGCUACGAUGAGCACGUCCUUUUGUGGGACACCCGGAACAUGAAGCAGCCGUUGGCGGACACCCACGUGCAGGGAGGCGUUUGGAGGCUGAAGUGGCAUCCGACACGGGAACGCUUCCUGCUGGCCGCCUGCAUGCACAGCGGCUUCAAAAUCCUUGACUGCCAGGGGUGCAUGGCCCUGAACGAAGAAAACUGCCGUAUUCUUUCAUCUUACGUCCUGCACAAUUCUUUGGCUUACGGAGCGGACUGGUCUCGGUUUCCCCUGACCCGCCCCUUCGGUCCAUCGGCAGCGAUGCCGGCGGCUGGUCCGGAGCAUGAGGCAGGAAAUGUGGACCUCAAGGUCCAGAACCUCAAGAUAGUUUACGAAUCCCCGACAGCCACGUUUGACGUGAUGCUUGACGAGGAGGACCCGACGCCUGCCCCACUGGUCCAGGCAGAAGGUGAUGGAGGUGGUGGUGACCAGCAGCGACCGUGCGCCGAUGGGAAAGAUCCAGACACCAAAGGAAGCAGCGAAGCUGAAACCGUCAAAGCCCAAAGAGAGACCAGCCUGCUGGCCACGUGCUCCUUCUACGACCACGUCCUGCAUGUUUGGAAAUGGGAAACCAGCCAGCCUGGCCCCUUAACCUAAAGAAGGCAUCAUUAUUGAUUUAG